UCCAUGACCUUUUAGGUUAUGCUCACAUCUUGACGCUCGCAAGUAAACACAAAAAUUAUUAGCAGCCAGCAGGCACUCUUUUCAUUCGGUUGUAGCACUUUGUGUAAACUAACGCGACAAAAUGACGAAAGUCAAGUGCUCAGAUUUACGUCUCAAAGACAAGGAGUCCCUAUUGAAACAACUCGAAGAGUUGAAACAGGAAUUGGCCAAUUUGAGGGUUUCAAAAGUUACUGGAGGUACCGCGUCUAAACUUUCCCGGAUUCGUGUUGUCCGCAAAGCAAUUCUACGUUGUUAUGUCGUAAUCCAUCAAAAACAAAAGGAAGCACUACGAAAAAUCUUCAAGAACCGUAAGUACAAGCCUUUGGAUUUGAGGCCAAAACUUACCAGGGCAAAGAGGCGUGCAUUGACCAAGAAGGAACUUAGUGUUAAGACAAUGAAAGAAAUUAAGAAGAAGAACAAGUUCCCCCCUAGGGUGUACGCAGUUAAAGCUUAAGUUCUGUUAUACUGACCUUAAAUAAAAAAAAUUUAAAAAAUUAUGUUUGAUAAA